GGUUUUGUAGAGCUACAAGUUGUCAUUUUAAAUUUUAUUUAUACAUUUUUGGCUAUCGUAAAUAAGAUAUUUGACAUGAUCUUUAAAAUAUCUAGAACUAAUAUAUUAGAGGAAUAAAUAUUAUCGUAUCAAUUUUUUAUUUCUAGCGUUUCAAAAUGUCCGAAAAAGUUGGAUUUGAUGAGUUGCGGCUAAAGUAUAAGGAUGUAUUAUCAAAAGCAUUUACUACAAAUAAUAUCGAUUUGCUCGAUUCCUUUUCAAAAAAUGCGAAUGAGAGCGACAGAAAAUCAGCCAUGGACCAAGCCUUUAGAGAUAAACUACUGGAUUUGCUAUUAGAGGAGCCAAAUACCUUGGAAAGCUAUGUAAAUUUUUGUAUAGACUCAUGUCGAAGGCAAAUGGUGACUGCAACUAUGCCUGUAGUUCUUUUGGGUGAUAUUUUCGAUGCACUAACACUGAACAAGUGUGAAAAAAUGUUUAUGUAUGUUGAAAAUGGAGUAAAUAUUUGGAGGGAAGAAUUAUUCUUUGUGGCAUGUAAGAACCAUUUACUAAGAAUGUGUAAUGACUUACUGAGAAGAUUAUCAAGAUCUCAAAAUACGGUAUUCUGUGGCAGAAUAUUGUUAUUCUUAGCCAAAUUCUUUCCGUUUUCUGAGCGCUCUGGGCUUAAUAUUGUGUCCGAAUUCAACUUGGAAAACAUUACGGAGUUUGGUGGUGAUAAUACAAGUACCUUAAAGGAUGUAUUGGAUGAAGAAAUGGUUGUUGAAGAUGAUAAAAAUAAAUUGGUCAUAGAUUACAAUCUUUACUGUAGAUUUUGGAGCUUACAGGACUUCUUUAGGAACCCUAACACAUGUUAUAAUAAAUUACAAUGGAAAACCUUUGUUGCGCAUUCAGGCAGUGUCCUAUCAGCUUUCUCCUCAUACAAGCUAGAGGCUGUGGAGUUGCAGAAAUCGAAAUUAAACAUACUUAAAUCGGUAAACUCGGAUGUUGAAAUGCAAGAGAACAAAGAGCAACAUUACUUUGCAAAGUUUCUAACAAACCAGAAACUUUUGGAGUUACAGUUGUCUGACUCAAAUUUCAGGAGAUGCGUCCUGAUACAGUAUCUGAUACUCUUUCAAUAUUUAAUGUCGACGGUAAAGUUUAAAAUGGAAUCUCAGGAAUUAAAAUCAGAUCAGAUAGACUGGGUGAAAGACACCACAGCGCUCGUUUAUAAGCUCCUCGGUGAAACUCCGCCCGACGGCAAACAGUUUGCUGAAUGUGUGAAGAGAAUAUUGAAGAGGGAAGAACAUUGGAACAGUUGGAAGAACGAUGGAUGUCCAGAAUUUCAAAAGCCAAAACCUCCGGUGCAAGCGGAGAACGAGGAGGUGAAGCGUUCGAGGAAACGACGCCGGCCUGUUGGAGAUAUUAUUAAAGAAUAUUCUGGAACCGACAAGUUCUUCAUGGGGAAUAAUGACCUGACAAAGUUGUGGAACCUCUGUCCGGACAAUCUAGCCGCUUGUAGAACUAAGGAAAGAGAUUUCAUGCCAUCACUAGAAUCAUAUAUGUUAUCUGGUGAUGGUGGUGAGGGUGCUGGUGGGUGGGGGUGGCGAGCUCUGCGUCUGCUAGCAAGAAGGUCACCACACUUCUUCGUCCACACAAACAAUCCCAUCGGACGGCUGCCGGAUUAUCUUGAUGAUAUGGUUAAAAAAAUCACUCGUGAAGUGGCCGCCAAUAAUGUGUCCAACAACACAAACGGUGACUCCAACGUUAACAACGAUAAAGCUAAGCUGGAGCAGACUGAAGAAGAACUGACAGAAGAGCAAAUAGAAACUGAUAUUAUAAAGGAAGAAGACACGACCGACCUUGAACAGGCACCAGACUCGACCCACGACGACGAUAAGCCGACCAGAUCUAAGAUAACAAUGAUAUCAUCCACACAGCUCCAGGCUGUUUCAUCCAAGUUGCCCGAGUGGAAGAAACUCGCGGCGAAGCUAGGAUACAAACCGGACGAAAUACAGUUCUUCGAAACGGAAUACACGACGGAGGAGGCGAGGGCCAAGAACAUGCUGCAGCUUUGGUUCGACGACGACGAGGACGCCUCCGUCGAGAACCUGCUCUACACCAUGGAGGGACUGAAGAUGACCGAAGCCUGCGAGGCCUUGAAGAACUCUAAGUGACGGAGAGAGACAGAGGGAGAUAGAAGCGUCGGUGAAUGGAAUCGAAUGAAUGAGUGAAUGAAUGAAGUCAAUGCUUUGAGAGUUAUUUACAAUUUAAAUGCCAACAUGCAUCAUUGAUCUGUAGAAUAAAUAUUUUCAGCAACAAAAUGACCAAUACAGUAGGAAAACAAAUAUAGAUAAUAUUUUUCAAAUAUUAAUUACAAAAUACUACGUGCGAUUUAUUUCAACCUGAUACUUCUAGGAUGGGGCGCAGUCUUUGGAGGUGACGUCUUUUCACUCAAUAAAAUUCUUAGAUCAGAUUAAUUACUGUUGGCGUUUAAAAACUUGGGAAACUAAAAUAGAUCUAAGUAAUAAAAUUUGAUAUUCAA